AGAUUAUUUUGUGCACAAAACGUGCCUUAAAUACAUACAAUAAAUAAGAUCUGAAUUUGGUGCGCAACGAAAAAAGAAAGGUGCUGUUUCCUUCAUUUUGAAAUAUUGGAUUAAACGGUGAUAACAUGUAAAAUCGCAUCCGUAUGUACAGGAUGAUCUAAGGGUAGAUUAUCAGCUGUAGAACGUUUAAAAUGUCAGCCACUAGAACCAGGGGCCGGGCCUGCAGGAGCCAUCCAGGGACCGACCUGCUUAACUAACAGAGAGAGAGAGAGAGUGGCCAAACCAAACGUAAUUAGGCCUAGGCUAGCCGAAGGCUUUCAUUUAUGAGGGUAAGGCUCUUCGUAAUCGUAAUAAACUUAAAUUACUUUUGAUAAAAUGGAUGCUCCUCCGGUUCCACCACCACCUCCUAUGAUGCACAAUGCAAAGGGUAUCCAUACUGACAGUGAACAUGGUCAAAAUGCAAAGAAGGUUCAAUUUAUCAAGCCAUCACAACCACACACAAUUGGUAUUGCUGAGGUCCGAGCUAAGCUGACAUGUUUACCAGCUUGGAGAAAUGAACAACUUGCAGAGCAGCUUUCAACAUGGGUAUCUGUUUAUCACCCAGUUGCUGCAAUCCUUCAAGAAGGCCCUAAAUGUGGUGUUGUGGCACUGUGCAUGGCAAAUUAUUUACUGAAUACUCGGCCUGUAUCAGCUGACUGUGCCUUCAAAGCCGCAAAAGCACAUGGAUUCACAAUGUACGGUGAAAUGUUUUCAGUUAUAAAUAUGUGCAAACUUGCUGAGGAGUUACUUGACUGUGAAGCAAUCAGAUUAACGUCGGGACUAAGUGAUUCUAAAAUCGUCUACAAGCAUCUAGAUAACGGCUGGCCGAUUUUAGUUCCGUAUGAUAAAGACGAAUCAAACAGUCCAUGCUGUAGACGUGGGAAUAAGGCUCAUUGGGCCGUCAUUACUGGGUAUCUUGUUCGGUUAGACAGUUUACCGGAUUCAUUAAAACUAAAUCAAGACCAGGACAUGUCAAACUUAUACCACGUACCAAAGAAUGUGUGUUUAAGCUCAAAAAUUGCUUGUCUUUUGCAAGAGGCGGACUCUUCAUCCAUUUACGUGUAUGGAAAGCAGGGUAAAAGCAAUCAUCUUGGAAUAUGGAGUUACCAGGAUCUUCUACUUAGCAACAGUAACUUACUAGAGUGGCAUGCUGGGAAAAAUGAUGUAGAUGAAAGGGACAUGGUGCUUUCAGGUGGUGGAAUAGAGCAGGGACUAUGCAAUCAGAUAAUAUUGUUGAAGCCAAAGUCAGAGAAACUGUAGUGAUGUAUAUUUUAGUGAAGCAAGUGAAGCUUGCAAAUCAUGAACUUCAUGAAGGUUACAGAACAGUAUUAAUACUGAGUGUAACUGAGGCACUUUGUUAUCUGUACUCUAUCACAGGGGUGAAUCCAGAGAAAAAUGUGGGUAGGGGCCAUGCAAUAUGCAAAGUUCCAACCGGAAAUUAGCUUGUUUUUGAGUACUGUACUCCUAUGUCUCUUUUUCAUUCAUUUUUUCUCUUUUUUUUGGGGGGGGGGAGAGUCCUUUCCCCCUGUUCGCCAUCCCCUGGGUCCACCCCUGCUAUCUGGCUUUUUACUCCUGCUACUACUACUGCUACUAACUAUUAUAAUAUUGGUACUGAAUAAUAGCCCAUGUGUUUGUGUUCAAAUUUUAAAAUGUCAUUAUUUCCUUGUAAUUUUAUUGUAAUAAAUUAUUAUUAUUAUGCCUACCACUUAUAUUCAUAAUGUUCUUAAUUUGCAUUUAGAAAAGAAAAUGAGUUGUUU